AAGACCCGGGCGGUGUCCCAAAUACAAAACGACACAACAGAUUCAGAUUAACCGACGUCACUCAAUGGGUACCGCCCUUGUGAAGCCGUCAACCGUUAUUUGGUGUCGCAACACUUUCACGUUGUAGCACAGACAGACACGUUGGGUGUACUUGUGGCUGUUGGCAGCUGAUAUGGACUUCAUUAAGGAUGGAUGGUUCACUGAAUUCUGCACUUUAUGGCCGGGGCAAGCCAUGAGCCUACAAGUAGAAGAAAUCCUCUACCACAAGAAGUCAAAGUAUCAAGAUGUUAUGGUUUUCAAAAGUAAAACCUAUGGAAAUGUACUGAUACUCGAUGGAGUGAUCCAGUGCACAGAGAGAGAUGAGUUUGCUUAUCAAGAGAUGAUCGCCAACCUUCCACUUUGCAGCCAUCCUUGUCCUAAAAAGGUUCUGAUUAUUGGUGGUGGAGAUGGUGGUGUGCUAAGAGAAGUGGUGAAGAAUCCGCUGGUGGAGUCAGUGGUUCAGUGUGAGAUAGAUGAGGAUGUGAUUAAUGUAUCAAAGAAGUUCCUCCCAGGGAUGGCCCAGGGUUUCUUCAGUCCAAAGCUGACCCUUCAUGUUGGAGAUGGCUUCGAAUUUAUGAAGCAGAACCAGGACGCAUUUGACGUCAUUAUUACAGAUUCCUCAGAUCCAGUUGGACCAGCUGAGAGUUUGUUUAAGGAGUCUUAUUAUCAGUUAAUGAAGGCAGCCUUGCGGGCGGGUGGAAUUCUUUGUUCCCAGGGAGAGUGUCAGUGGCUGCAUUUGGAGCUAAUAAAGGAAAUGCAGACUUUCUGCAAGACGUUGUUUCCAGUGGUGGACUACGCCUACAGCACCGUCCCUACAUAUCCUAGUGGUCAAAUUGGAUACAUGCUCUGCAGUAAAAAUUCUGAAACAAACUUCAGGGAACCAGUACAAAACUUUACAAAUGAAGAAAUUGCAAAUAUGAACCUGAAAUACUACAACCCCGAAAUUCAUAAAGCAGCAUUUAUCCUUCCAGAGUUUGCAAGAAAGGUGCUUCGUGAAGCAUGACCAGUGACAGGAUGACCAGGUCCAUCCUCAGCCUGACCCUCAGACCACAGAUGGUCCAGCCCUCUUCUACAGCUCGCUCGCUCCCUGAACACGGUUCAUCUCUGCAGCAGCAGCCACCUAAACACUCAGUUUGGUGGCUCCUGAAAACCAGUGUCUGCCACUCGCAGAUAUACAGUAUAACAUACAGAGGAUGUCGAAUGAAACAUAUCAGCAUGUUUUUAUGGUUUACAGGUCACAUGUACAGAAUUCUUUCAGAAAACGUUUUUGUUUUUCUCCACCAUCUUAACUUUUACCAAGAGUCUUUACCUUGACUGUGCCAGUAGGAGAAACAUUGCCGUCAAACCUGACCACACUCUGGAAAUAUUUUGUUAGCGGUCAUUGUACAUAUCUGGUCGACGUGCAGUGUCACAUGUUAGUACAGUAUGUGCACACACUGCUUUUUAUGUUAGUCAUAGGAAAUUAUAGUAUCCUUGUAUUUUUUGAAUAUUGCUGUUUCCAGAAUGGUUACAUUAUAAAUCCUUUUUUAAACUAUUGUAAGUGCUACAAUUUCAAAAAGGAAAAAUGACAACGUUAAUUUAUCAACGCAGCAAAAUCACAUGGCUUCAUUUCAUUGUUUUACCUGAGUUAAAAUGGAGAUAUUAAAAGUCUAAUUUGA